CGGCGGGCGGCCGGGUCCCGGGCGGGCGCGGCGUCUCCGCGGGUCGGUGAGUCCCCUGAGGCUCAGGCCAGAUCCGGGGAGGGACGCCCGCCUGGAACUCAUUCCCCAGGCCCAGAUCCGCCGCUCUGGAGGUGGAGGACCGGCGGCGGCCACGAGGACGUACCCUCGGGAGCCCCUGGAAGGGCGGGAAGUCGUAGCCCCGAGGACGGGGUGCGCAGGGCCUGCGUGCAGCUAGCGCCCGGCGAGCACACAGGUGCGGGGAGCGGGCGGCCCGCGUCCCCGGAAGGCAGGUUCACCAUCAACUUCCAAGACCAGUGGAAAAUGAACAAAUUGAAGGGAGCAGUGUCUUUCAAUGAUGUGGCUGUGGACUUCACCCAAGAGGAGUGGCAGCAGCUGGACGCUGAUGAGAAGGCAAUGUACAGGGAUGUGAUGCUGGAGAAUUACAGCCACCUUGUCUCCCUAGGGUAUGACUUUAUCAAACCAAACAUGAUUAUUAAGUUGGAGCAGGGUGAAGAACCAUGGAUGAUAGAAGAUGACUUUCCCUCCCAAAAUCACCCAGAAGACAUCUGGAAAGUUGAGGACCUGAUAGAGGGAAUCCAAGAAAAUAAAGACCAAUAUUCAAGGCACAUGGUUACUAUCAACAACCAAACGUAUGGUGUAGAAGCACAUUGUGUUUCUUCAAGCACAGCAGCUCACAACUGUGUCUCUUGUGGGAAGAAUGUAGAAUCUGUUUCAGAAUUAAUUAGCACCGAUGGAAGCUACACAAAAAAGAAACUGGAUGAGUGUCUUGAAUGUGGAAAAAUAUGUCAGGAAGAGAAACCCUAUGAGUUUAAUGAGAAUGGAGACACCUGUCCUCAAAGUGAAGAAAGUGCUCUGCAGAAAAUUAGCAUAUUGAAGAGACCUUUGGAGUAUGAGUGUGUGCAAGCUUUAGACACUGAAGCUGUUCUCAUUGUUCAUGAAAGAGCUUUUAUGGAGGAGAAACCCUAUGAAUGGAAUGAAUCCAGACCAGACUUUAUCCAGAUGUCAAAUUUUAAUGCAUACCAGAGAUCACAAAUAGAAAUGAAGCCCUUUCAAUGCACAGAAUGUGGAAAGUCCUUCUGUAAAAAGUCAAAAUUCAUCAUACAUCAGAGGGCUCACACGGGAGAAAAACCCUAUGAAUGCAGUGUGUGUGGGAAGUCCUUUAGUCAAAAGGGCACCCUCACUGUACACCGCAGAUCACACUUAGAAGAGAAGCCCUAUAAAUGUAAUGAAUGUGGGAAAACCUUCUGUCAGAAGUUACACCUCACACAACAUUUGAGAACUCAUUCAGGAGAGAAGCCCUAUGAAUGUAGCGAGUGUGGGAAAACCUUCUGCCAAAAGACGCAUCUCACCCUACACCAGAGAAAUCAUUCAGGAGAGAGACCCUAUCCAUGUAACGAAUGUGGGAAGUCCUUCUCCCGCAAGUCAGCCCUGAGUGACCAUCAGAGAACACACACAGGAGAGAAACUUUACAAGUGUGCCGAGUGUGGAAAAUCCUACUACCGCAAAUCUACACUGAUUACACAUCAGCGAACACACACAGGAGAGAAGCCUUAUCAGUGUAGUGAGUGUGGGAAAUUCUUUUCCCGGGUAUCAUACCUUACUAUACAUUAUAGAAGUCAUUUAGAAGAGAAACCUUAUGAGUGUACUGAAUGUGGCAAAACCUUCCAUCUAAAUUCAGCCUUCAUCAGGCAUCGGAAAGUACAUGCAGAAGAGAAACUCCGCGAAUGCAAUGAAUGUGGGAAAUUCUCUCAGUUGCCAUAUAUUCCUGACAGUGAUCCAGCCCAUGUAGGAGAGAAACCUUAUGAAUGUAAUGAGUGUGGGGAAACCUUCCUUGAAAAUUCAGCUUUCAGUGAGCACCAGUCACUUCCAGAGGAGGAGAAAACCUAUGAAUGUAAUAUAUGUGGAAAAUCAUUCUCCGAGUUGUCAUGUUACACUGUCCAUUACAGAGGGCAUUCAGAAGAGAAACCCUUUGGAUGUAACGAAUGUGGGAAAACCUUCUCCCAUAAUUCAUCCCUGUUUAGACAUCAACGAGUACACACAAGUGAAAAGCCGUAUGAAUGUUAUGAAUGUGGAAAAUUCUUCUCUCAAAAGUCAUAUCUCACUAUUCAUCAUCGGAUUCAUUCAGGUGAGAAACCCUAUGAAUGCAGUAAGUGUGGGAAAGUCUUCUCCCGGAUGUCAAACCUCACUGUGCACUAUAGAAGCCAUUCAGGAGAGAAGCCCUAUGAAUGUAAUGAAUGUGGGAAGGUCUUUUCUCAGAAGUCAUACCUCACUGUGCAUUAUAGAACUCAUUCGGGAGAGAAGCCUUAUGAAUGUACUGAAUGUGGGAAAAAGUUCCAUCACCCAUCAGCCUUCACUAGCCAUCAGAGAAUUCAUAAAAGAGGGAAUCUGAAUGUACUCAAUGUGGUAAAUUAAGACUGAAGUCAAUAUAAAAA